AUGGUCCGCAAUCUGGUCGUCCUGGGCGGCAGCUCGCACCCCGAGUUGACCGAGACUAUCUGCAACCACCUCGGUGUGCCUCCGUCGAAGAUCUUGCUGAGCAAGUUCGCGGUAGGAGAGACUCGCGUCGAGAUCAUGGACUCUGUCAGAGGAAAGGACGUCUUCAUCAUCCAGUCAGGUGGCGGUAAGGUCAACGACCACUUGAUGGAGCUUCUCAUCACCGUCUCGGCCUGCAAAACUGCCUCGGCCAAGCGCGUCACUGCCGUUCUCCCCCUGUUCCCCUACUCGAGACAAAGCGACAUUCCCUACAACAAGACUGGCGCUCCUCUCGCCAAAGCUCCCACUCAGCUCAAUCGCAAUGGCAACUACACCUUCGACAGCAGACCCACAACGCCCAUGCCCGGUCAGGCAGAAAGUGCUGGAAUGAAGGGCGGUCCCGACAAUCUACACAAGAAAUUGAUGGACAUGCAAUUGCGUGAUCAACAAGCCAGCGGUGAAGGCCAAAAGAGCCCCGUCAAGCUGACUCGCCGCUCCACCAUCGAGUCUGUCACCUCGGAGAAGUCGGACUACUUUGACGAAAAUACCCUCACACCUACCGGUACCAAUGGAAGCGUCAACGGCGACAAGCCCGUGGCCAGGUUCCACAAGGCUCCUCCUCACUUUGAGCCCCAACGAGGUUACAAGCAAUGGGUUGCCCAAGCUGGUACUCUCGUCGCCGAUCUUCUCACCUGUGCUGGCGCCGAUCACAUCAUCACAAUGGAUCUCCACGACCCUCAAUACCAAGGUUUCUUCGACAUCCCGGUCGACAACCUGUACGGCAAGCACCUCUUGCGCAAGUACAUCCAGUUCCACAUUCCUCACUAUCAAAAUGCCGUCAUCGUCAGUCCGGAUGCUGGUGGUGCAAAGCGUGCGACUGCCAUUGCUGAUGCUCUCGGCAUGCCAUUCGCUUUGAUUCACAAGGAGCGCCGUCCAACUCAGAUCACUGACCGCCAGAAUGCGACAAUGAUGCUGGUGGGCGAUGUCGCCGACCGUACCGCUAUCCUUGUCGACGAUCUUGCCGACACCUCCAACACCAUCACUCGCGCAGCCAAGCUCUUGAAGAAGGAGGGUGCCAACAAGGUCAUCGCACUUGUCACUCAUGGUGUGCUUAGCGGCGAUGCCAUCGAUCGCAUCAACGCCAGCGCCAUUGACAAGGUCGUCGUAACCAACAGUGUUGAUCAGGAGGAGAACAAGAGACGCUGCCAGAAGCUGGAAGUCCUCGAAGUCGGAAACGUCUUCGCCGAGGCCAUCAGAAGAGUUCACCAUGGAGAGAGUAUCAGCGUCUUGUUCCACGAUUAG